AUUUUAAAAUGAUUAAUUUUCUGUUAAUAGAUUAAUAAUAUAUUAUUUUGAUUUUAAUGUUAUUAAUUUUUAUUUAUUUGAAAUUAUUGUUAGGUUUCAACAUAAAUGGCAAGUGCAGAAAGCAACUCAAUAGAGUCUCCAAUGGUAUCAAAAAAAGAUCCUGCGUGGAAGUAUAAUUAUUUGAAGGAUCCGAAAGAUCCUAAUGCAGUGACUUGCAUAUUCUGCGAUAAGACUACCAGAGGUGGUAUUUUUCGUGCAAAACAACAUCUAGUAGGAAAUUUCAAGAAUGCAGCAGCUUGCAAAAAAUGUCCACCUGAGGUAAAAGAAGAGUUGCUGAAUUAUAUGAAUGAAAAGAAGACACAAAAGAAUGAAUCUUAUGGGAAUUUACCAGAAGGCAAUGUUGAACAUAUCAGAGAUGAAGAAAAGAUUAUUCUACGAGUAUUAACCCAAGUGAAAAAAGAGUAUACGACAAAAAGGGAAAAGAAGUUAUGAGUACUAAAAAAGGUAGAAAAGGACCGAUGGAUCUAUAUAUGCUUCAAGGAUCCCAGAAACAACAAGGGCAAGCAGAAGGCUCAAAAUUGAGACAAACAAAUAUAAGUGAUGCUUGUGAUAAAGAAAUAAGAGGAAGAACAAUUCAGCACAUUGCUCGCUUCUUCUAUCAGGCUGGUCUUCCCCUUAGUACAACUCGUUUAGACAGUUUUAAGGAUAUGAUUGAAGCUAUUGGAAGAUAUGGUGCAGGAUUAAAUCCUCCAAGUUAUUAUGAGAUGCGAGUUCCAUUGCUGCAAAAAGAGUUGAAUUAUACAGAUGACUUACUAAAGGGUCAUAAAGAAUCAUGGGCAACACAUGGUUGCUCUAUUAUGUCAGAUGUUUGGACUGACAGGAGGCGCAGGAGUAUAAUUAAUUUUAUGGUUAAUUGUUCUUUAGGGACUAUGUUUGUGAAGUCAAUAGAUGCUUCAUCUUUUGUAAAAUCUGGAGACAAGAUAUAUGAUUUACUUGACAAUUUCGUGGAAGAAAUUGGAGAAGAAAAUAUCGUUCAAAUCAUAACCGACAAUGGAAGCAACUAUGUUUUAGCUGGUAAAUUGCUUGAAUCAAAAAGACAACACUUGUAUUGGACUCCAUGUGCAGCACAUUGUAUUGAUUUAAUGUUGGAAGAUAUUGGAAAGAUCUUAGAAAUCAAGAAAACCUUAGAAAGGGCAAUUUUUGUUGUUGGAUUUCUUUAUAAUCACAUUGGGGCUUUGAAUAUGAUGAGAGAAUUUACAGGGAAUAAAGAAUUAGUGAGACAUGGUGUUACCCGAUUUGUUACUUCAUUCUUGACAUUACAGAGCGUGCAUCGUCAAAAACAUACUCUGAGAAAUAUGUUUACCUCUGAGAAAUGGGUGACAAGCAAAUGGGCAAAAGAAGCAAAAGAAGCAAAAGGCAAGAGGGCUGCUGAUAUCAUCUUAAUGCCAUCCUUUUUGGAAUCAUAUAGUUUAUAUAUUAAAGGUAAUGGGCCCUCUUGUUCGAGUCCUUCGAUUGGUGGAUAAUGAAAAUAAGCCUGCAAUGGGAUAUAUUUAUGAGGCUAUGGAUAGAGCAAAGGAGACGAUUAAAAGAUCUUUUAAUGAAAAUGAAGAAAAAUAUGAGAAAAUUUUUACAAUCAUUGACGAAAGAUGGAAUUGUCAACUUCAUCGUCCCUUACAUGCAGCAGGAUAUUAUUUGAACCCUGAAUUCUUUUAUAAGAUUAAAUCUGUUGGAUUUGAUGCAGAAGUUUUGGGUGGGUUAUAUCAGUGUGUUGCAAGAUUAGUUCCCAGCAUUGAGGUUCAAGAUAAGAUUAUUCAUGAAUUAUCUUUAUAUAAAAAUGCUGAAGGUCUUUUUGGAAUUCCAAUUGCCGUUCGAUCCAGGGCAACUACCUCUCCAGGUAUUAAUAAUUUGAUAUAAUUAAUUUCAUAUAUAUUAUGUUACUAUGUUAUUGCUAAUAAUAACAUAAAUUUUGCAGCUGAAUGGUGGAGUCUAUUUGGAAAUUCCACCCCGAACUUACAGAAAUUUGCUGUCAAAGUACUUAGUUUGACAUGUAGUGCUUCGGGUUGUGAGCGAAACUGGAGUGUCUUUGAGCAUGUAAGUAUUACUAAAUAUUUUUAUUUUAAUUAAUUUAUUUAUUUAGAUAUAUGUAUUAAUAUAUUUUUAAAUUAUAUGACAUGACAGAUUCACUCGAAGAGAAGAAAUCGGUUAGAACAUCAACGAUUGCACGAUCUUGUUUACAUAAAGUAUAAUCAAGCCUUGAAGACUCGUCAUGAUUUGAAAAAUAGAUUUGAUUCAAUCUCAUUGCAAGAUAUUGAUGAUUCAAAUGAGUGGUUAGUAGGAGAAAUGAGUGCUAACUUGCAAGAUGCUGAAGACGAGCUUGUAUUUGAAGAUGAUAGAUUGACGUGGGGAGAUGUGGCAAGAGCUUCAGGUGCUGGAGAAUUACAAACAUAUACAAGACAGAUGUCAAAGAGAAAAUUGAGUGCAAAAGCAUCAAGCUCGGCUCCUGCUAUUGUUGAAGACAUAGAAAAUGAAACAUAUCUUGAUGAAGAGGAAGGAAUCGAAGAACAAGAGGAAGAAGACGAAUUCAAUGAAGAUGAUUUGUGUGAAAAUGACGAUAAUAUUGAUUAUGAUGAAUGACUUUGAUAUAAAAUGUUAAUGUUUUGAAUUUUGAAACUUUUUGUUAAUGUGACAUUGUGAUUUUGUAUCUUAGAUUUUCUUAAUUUAAUAGCAUAUUUUUAUUUAAAAUUUUAAAUAAUUAUAUUUAUUAAUUAUAUUAUAUAUUUUUAUAUUUUAGCGUCUCGCUUCGCUCGGGCGAGCGCCUGGGCGAGCGCCUAGCGCCUCGGGCGUUUUUGGACCUUGGCGCCUUUCGGCGCCUAGCGCUUUUUAAAUC